CCACAAUUGUUCUUUUGUGGCUUUGGCAGGAUUUAUUUUUAUUCGUUGUGCUUCCCAUAUCACCCUAGCCUCUAGUAGCUCAUUUCAUGGUGUCUGGAGCCAUGCCACCGAGAAAGAGCAGAGAUAAAGAGGUUCAGCCAACCCAGGUUGAACAUGUAGAUGACAGUCCAGUCUACUCGGAGGGUGAGAAUGAUCCAGUUGUGCCUCACUUCUCGUCACCCUUUGUCGAGCGAUCUUAUGGCAAUCCAAUUUUCAAAGAAAUGGAUGCAACACAAAGAUGGAUUUUCAGAGUCAUGCAAUGGCAAAGACAACAUGAACCAAUGGAGGUUGCUGCUCCUGUUGCAAACCAUGGCCAUCAACCUCAGCACAGGUAUAUUCCGCCAGCUAGGAGGGGAAAUGUUGGUCCUCACCAUCAACCCUAUCCAAGGGAUUUCUUCCAACCACAAGUUCCAUUAGCCCAACUGUUACAACGCGGUCUACAGAAUCAACCAGCUCAACUGUUCAAUAGAGAUCAACUAAUAGAUCUGUCACGUGUUCUAUUUAUCUUCUUCCUCCCGACCCCCCCGCAACUCGACAAGCUCCCCAAGUUGCCGACCGCCCUCUCUUGAGGAAAAUUGGCAAAAGCUUAAAUUUUUCCUUUGCUUACUUGUCCAAGAACAAGAAUUAGGACCUAGAAGCCUCAUGAAGCAAGAAAAAUCCCAGAUCUAGCUGCCUUCCUCCUCCCCUGCCGUCGGUUUCAGCUUGGUGUGGGUGUGAAUUUCUCGGUUUUUGGGUAAGCAACAACCAUGGAAUUCAUCUUUUCUCCCUUAAUUUGGCUUGGGUUACUCUAAUUUUGUUGUGGGUUCUUGAAUUUGGUAGUUGCCGUGAGUUCCUCCAUUUCUUUUUCCUCGUCGGCUUCCUUCCCAGCCGGACUCGGUGCUACUUGCUGGAAGAUUUUGGGUAUGUGGCAACCCCUUGAAUUCAACUUUUACCCAUUUAAUUGCUAAAAUUAUCCAUGUAAUUGCUGCCCCUGUAAUGUUCAAUUUCUACCGAAAUAUAAAAGAAAUUGGUAGCACUUCAAGUUGUGUUUUUAGUUUAAUUCAUGUAGUAAUUUCUUGAUUUAGCUGCUGUGAGGAUUAAAUAAUUAGUUUUUAAAAUAAGAAUGAAAUUAGAGGUGUUCGGUCAUGUGGAGGUUAAUAUAAAUAGCAUCUUGAUUAGGGGGUGAUCCUAAUGAUGUUUUCACUUUGAAUUUGUGAUAGUACGGUAUUAAUUCUGGGGAAUUUUGAUUAGGUUCUUAAGUGUUCUGUCACCUGAGCACUUGGCUUGAGUUUCCGGUAUUACGUGAUUUGAGGUAGUGAUACUAGACACAUGGGGAGCCGGGGGAGUGACGAGCUAGACGGCUAGGCAUUAUUUUGGACUUAGAUCUUUUGGAGUUAGGCUACUAGUCUCACAUGGUUGACCUAAAUAAGCAUUUUUGUGUACAGAGUUUCCUUGGUUAUAGCCAUAACUAUCUUAUAAACUGUUGUACAUCUU